AUGGCUACUCUGCACUUGUGGACAAACCUUGCGAUCUUUGUUAUUGUUCUGCGAGUGAGCUUUGGGAGGAUUGGAAGCACAAGUUAUGUGCAGACCACCAGGAAAGGACUAAAAGCUAUCUUCGCUUUGCUUCCAUUGCUGGGCGUGACAUUUUUGCUGGGCUUCUUUGUUGAUUGUCAUGUUGCUGUGGAAUACGCCUUUGUAUUAUUCAAUUCAAUUCAGGGUGUGCUGUUCUUUAUCUGUCACUGUGUACUCGAUGAUCAGGUUCGUAAUGCCAUGAAUAAGAUGUUACGUAAGAGGAAACGGGUACACAGUCUCCAGCAAUACAAACAGGAGCCCAAAAAAGCGACGGAAAUGGCUAGCAAGAAAACAGCAGGUGGUGUAGUCUCACCUUAA